GAAUGCAAUGGUCAGCUAUGACAAUAAUAGUAAAUAGGAUACUAAUCUAUAAUUAACAAUAAACAUUACAUAAUCAAGGUCCCAAGUAGUCAUCUAAGCAAAUGAAUGAAUGGCUGUCACUUAAAUACUACCCAUUAACAACUAUAAACGAUUAUUAAGUUUAAAAUAUAAUUAUUGUUUAUUGUAACCAUGAACCUCUUAUAGUCGGCGGAUAUUGAGAGGACAGAUUGUUUAUCUUGACGACUGAUGGGAUAGACAGGAAGGCAAACUGAAGGGCAUGUCUUUGAUGAUACGUUAUUUUGUAAUUGCUGUUCCUUAAGUUACGUAGCCUGUUGGUCAUUACUGCGCCCAAUACUGUACAUUGUUAUUGUUUUAAGUAUUAUUACCAGAAUAAGGAAUUAUACCAAGAAGAAAAGAUUGUUUAAUUAUUGUAUGUUCAAUCUUAUAGGCUACUCCUAGACCUAACUGGGUAGAGAUUAAACAUACAACCUAUCCUUAAAAGUUGCUCUCAUGACAUAAGCAAACCUUUUCAAGCCAUAAGCAGUGCUCAACCUUCGCUACACCCCCAUCAAACAAAGGUUAAUAACUGAAGGAUUCUGAGAUAAUGUAAACAACAUGGCUGACUUUGGACAAAAGAAAUGCAAUUCUUCUAUAAGUUCGAGAAAGUCAACCCAAAGUCGAAAUGCAAAUACAGACAACCAAAGCCAAACUAAGGAUGAAGUUGACCUAAUAUUUUCUGCUACCUAUGGACAUUUUGAAACAUUGUUAAAGGUACUUGUUAAAGGUAUAUCUCCAUAUAGUAAAGGUUCAAAGGGCCGUUUGCCCUUACAUAAUGCUUGUGUUGGUGGCCAUGAUGAAUGUGUCAAGAUAUUGCUAGAUCACAUGACUGAUAUUGAAGGAACCGACUGUGAUGGAAUGACAGCAACUCAUCUAGCUGGUUUACAUGGAGAAAUGAAGUGUUUGAAGCUUCUGGUUGCAAAAGGUGCUAAUUUAGUAGCCAGGGACAAUAAAGGCAGGCAGGCAGCACAUCUGGCAGCCAUGAGAAAUCAUUCGAAAGUUCUACGUUUUCUGUUAGAUAAAAGUGUAGAUUUGGAUAGUCAGUGUAAUUCUGGAAAGACCCCUUUGCAUUAUGCAGCACAAUAUGGUAGUUUUGAAGCAUUAGUGAGUAUGGUUGAAAGAGAUUGUGAUAUGACAAUUGGGGACAAUGGUGGCUAUUUACCUGCUCAUUAUGCUGCUCACUAUAAUAAAUUAGAUUGUUUAAGAUUUCUAAUAAAACAAGGGACAUCACUAGAAGCAACAAGUACAGAAGGAAAGACACCCGCACAUACUGCAGCAUUAUAUGGUUCAGUAGAUAUUUUACACUGGUUACUAGAGAAAGGUUCAGACCCAAAUACACAAGACAAUUUGGGUAAUACGGCAGGUCAUUAUGCAACUGAAGGUGGUAAGGCCGACUGUUUUAAUUGUUAUCUCCAACAUGGAGGAGUUGUAGACAUACAGAAUUUGAAAGGGGACACGACUUUAGAUAAUGCUCGACGAUUCGGUCAUCCGUUAUUAAUGGAGAAAGCACUUAAAAAUGAAAUAACAUGUCCUGAGUGUUUCCAUCAUUAUCAGAAGAUUGAAUGGGAUAAAACUAACCAACCUACUAUUGUACAGAAGAACAUUACGAACAACAAAAGAACUGCCUAUGUAUCGCCUCUACCACCUAAACAAAAACCAUCCACUCAGUUACAACAAAAUAUGUUAAUACGAGAGACAAAACACCAACAGCAGCAAGCAAAUUUACCAACAAGAGAUUUAGCUGCUCAAUUUUUUGGUCAACAUUUAGAUCCUAAUGAUGUCUUUAAAUUGAACAUCUAAGUUCAGAUCUUGUGAUAGAUUCAUAUUUAUUCAUGGCAGUGCAAAUCUUGAAGGGAUUAAUUAAUUUUUUUUGUUAUCUUAUUUUAUUCCAAUAUAUUGCUAUGAAUUAUUGUGAACAUAUAUAUAGCCUAUUUUUUAUAUAGAUAGCUCAUGUUAUGUUGGCUGUAGGGAACUAUCCCAAUAUGACCAUCAUAAAGCAUAUGAGUUACGUUUUAAAAACCUACGAUACAAUCCCAUUUUGGUAAACAUAAACUUAUGUUAUAUCGAUAUAUUGCAAUACAAUCGUUCGCGAUACACUGUAUCAAUACAUUUUUGUGGUAUCUAUAUAUUUUUCUACUUUUAUUUUAUAUUCAAAUGUUAGCUAGACUGUUUAUAAAAUAAUAAAACAUAAUUUAUAUGGAAAACAAUCACUGAGUUUAUUUCACACUACAUGUACAUUUCAACAAGUUCCUCUUGUGUUCUCAAGUAAAUAAUGACAGUGUAAUGGCAUAUAAAUUUUCUAAAUAAUUUGUGUUUUAUUAUUAUAUAUUCAAUUACUAAAUGUUGUAUAAGGAUUUCAACUGUUUAUAAAGACUUCAUAAUCAAUCAUAUUAUUUAGACUUUGCAGUAUAACCAAUAAGUCUGCAAAGACAAGACCAAAGUUGUAAAAAACAAAUAAAGUGAAAUGUGUAUUCACAUAAUCAGUCAUAUGAUAGUCUUUGUAGUAAACAAAAAGUGUCCAAGACCAAAAUAAAACUAUUCAAAAUAAAA